AUGGCAGAUGAUAUUAUCAACAGAUUGCAAAAGACCAAGACCAUUGGAAUAAUCGGACUCGGAGACAUGGGUCUUUUGUAUGCUAGAAAGUUCUCUGCUGCUGGUUGGAGGGUAAUUGGUUGUGACCGUGAAGACAAGUACGAAUCAAUGUUGGAAAAGUUUGCCGCCAAUGAGCAAUUUGAGGUUCUACGUAAUGGUCAUUAUGUAUCACGGAGAGCAGACUAUAUAAUUUAUUCAGUGGAGGCCGAGAACAUUCGAAAGAUAGUUGAGACUUAUGGUCCUAGUACUAAGGUAGGAGCUAUAGUUGGCGGUCAAACCAGUUGUAAGGCACCUGAGAUUGAAGCCUUUGAAGCUGUUCUUCCAGAAGAUGUUGAUAUUAUUCUGUUACAUUCACUUCAUGGUCCCAAAGUGGAUACUACAGGCCAACCAUUGGUGAUAAUAGAACAUAGAGCACUGGAAGAGAAUACGACAUUUGUUAAUGCACUUGUGAGCUGUCUCAUGUCUAAAAGAGUAUAUCUUUCAGCAAAGGAACACGAUAAGAUCACUGCUGAUACCCAAGCAGUUACCCAUGCCGCAUUUCUUUCGAUGGGUGUAGCAUGGAAAGAGAUCCACCAAUACCCUUGGGAGACACCUAAAUGGACUGGUGGGAUUGAAAACGCCAAAAUCAACAUUUCAUUACGUAUUUAUGCCAAUAAAUGGCAUGUUUACGCUGGCUUAGCUAUUACUAAUCCUUCUGCCAAGAUCCAAGUACUUCAAUAUUCAAAGAGUACUUCCGAAUUAUUCACCUUGAUGAUCCAAGGGAAGAAACAAGAACUCAAAGAGAGAAUCAUGAAGGCCAAAGACUUUGUGUUUGGGCAUUUGAGUGACUCUCAUCAACUUCUUUUAGAUGAUGAUAUCUUGGAAAGAUUCUCGUUAUCCAAGACCCCACCAGGUGGUAGACAACCUAAUUCUCAUUUGUCAUUAUUGGCAAUUGUUGAUUCCUGGAGUAAGUUAGGAAUAGUUCCUUAUGAUCACAUGAUCUGCUCCACACCAUUAUUUAGAAUCUUUUUGGGUGUCACUGAGUACUUAUUCCAAUCACCUGAUUUGCUUCAAGAAUGCAUUGAUGUCGGAAUUGAUGAUACAGCUUUUAGACAUGAUGAUUUGGAGUUCACCAUAGCCGCACGGAAUUGGGCAGCCAUUAUUGAAUUUGGCAACUUUGAAUUGUAUAAGAAGGAGUUUGAAAGCGCACAAGAGUUCUUUGAACCCAUGUUGACGGAAGCAAAUGCUAUUGGUAAUGAGAUGAUCAAGACCAUUUUACAAAGAGUUAAGGAGCGCGGCUUAUAG